UGGUGGUGUACAGGCUUUGAAUAAUUAUGCACUACGACAGCAACAGCAGCAGCACCAACAUGAACUUGACGCCGAGGAGGAAGAAGAUGCCGAUGAGGAGGAUGAGGAGGACGAAUGCGAGGAUGAUUCGGAUUCGCCCUCCCUCUUCCAGAAUCGGGAGCCGCUUUCAGAGCCCCUGCUUAACCAAGCUUUUGAGAUGCACGAGGCGCCACAGGAUGUUCAAGCUCUUUACUCCUCAAUGGCUGAGAACAUGGCAAUGGCCGCCGAGUUUCACGACUGCAGCACCUGUUCUCGCUACCCAUACCACCAUCGGCAUUGGGAGAACCAGGAAUUUUCGGACUACUCCCUUACCCGCGACUUAACCAGCGAUCUGGUCGAUGACCACGCACUGGAUGGCUGCGAGUUUUGGGCCCCCGCACCCUCCUCACAGCAUCUGGCGACCCCCACUGGCACCGAAAAGAACACCCUUGCCAAACAAAUGGGUAUUACUGACAUGGAACUCUGGGAGGUGGGUCAUUUUGAUGCCGACCAGUGGGCGGAGGAAUUCAAUAGACUGAUGUCAGAAACACCGGACAUCAUCUCCUUUCAACCACUAUCAAAUGCU